AUGGAUGCUUGCUCGACAAUAGGAGAAAGCACGGAUGCGAUUGUGAUGGAUGAUUCCCCUAUAGAUGAGAAGGAAAUUCAGGAGGCUUGCCAAAGUGAGAUCCCAGCGGUGUCUCUGUGCCCUCCUGACAGUGUGUGUGCUACCGAGGCCCAUUUGACAGUCAUCCAGUCUGAAGGGGAGCUAUGUGACAGCUGCAGCAGCCUUGGCAGGCCCUCUUCCUCCUGCCAGCUUUAUCACCAAGUUCCCCAAGGUCCUCGAGCUGGGGCUUAUGAUUCACUACAGCCCCGAAAAUGCCCCAAUUGCAGCCAUCACGAGCCAAUUAAACCAAACACCUGUCAGGACUGUCUUUCAAACACAUCAGGCCCUCAUGAUGAAGGAGGUGUAGUGGUCAAAAUGGGACACGGUUGUAGUUCUGCCCAUCAAUCACGUCACGGCGCUGUGAGAUGUCACUGGCUGCAUGGGUCAAACGAAGGCAGGCCACAGAAACCGACGCAGCGACAUGUGGUGACAGUCAGGGAUGGAGGAUUCUACUGCAUUCUUAGAAAUUAUUCCCAGGUGAUAGUGGAUUACCCGUUAGCAGUGCUCAUUGGUUGCGCUGUACUGCUCCUGGGAUGCUCACUGGUUGGCCUUUUCAUUGGUCCAUUGCCAGACUUCUCUGACCCGCUGCUGGGCUUUGAGCCACGGGGAACGUACAUCGGAGUCCGUCAGUUCAGCUUGUCCGAGCUGCUGAAGAACACUGGCCCGGGGAAAACUUUGUCUCCUUUACCACAGCAGCUCAGUAAAAGUGGAGAUGACAGUGGCAGCCAGGAUGCUUCCAGACUUCGGAAAAAGCGGAUGCUGGCCACAGAUUCAUCUCCAGAUACCUUCCUUUGCGAUGCUCCAGGCGAGCGUUUGGCCCAGCUGGUGUUUCGAUCAGAAAACUCAGCCAGUCUCUGGAGCCUGAAGGCCAUCCACGCCAUGUGUGAGAUGGAGCAAUCCAGGAUACGCUCCCAGGCCCAGUUCCAGGACUUGUGCCAGCAGCAUGUGAGAGUGGAAGCUGAGGGAACGACCAGAAGCGGCUGCUGUCCCAGCUGGUCCCUGGGCAAUUACUUGGCUGUCCUCACUAAUGCCUCCAGCUGCCUCAGCCUAACCUCCCACCAGGUUGCUGAGUCUCUGAACCUUCUCCGGAAGUGUGCUCUGCACUAUCAUGAAGGACAUUUGGUGGAUGACUGUGCUCAAAGACCUAAACAUGGCAGCUGCUCCUCCGUUCCGUCCCGCUGCAAACAAUCCCGUGUGGUGUUCCAAAUCCUACACUUCCUGGUUGAUAAAGACUUCCUCGGGCCGCAGACUGUUGAAUACCAAAUCCCAACAUUGAAGUACAGCCUUCUGUUCUUACCUGUGGACAAAGGUGAACACAUGAUGGAGAUAUACAUGAACAGUCUUGAGGGCCGGGACCUGACAUACAAUAACACAACUAUCACAGGCAUGGACUUUGGAAUCAAGCAGACACUCUUCAAGUAUUACCUAGUGAGAGAUUCAAUAUAUCCUGUCCUAGCUGUUGUUUCCCUUCUUUUCACCAUGGCUCUGUACCUCCACUCUCUCUUCAUAGUAGCAUUAUCUGUGAUAGCAAUCGCAGGCUCUCUCCUUACCUCCUAUUUUCUCUACAAAGUAGCAUUUCACUUGACAUUCUUCCCCCUGGUCAACAUCUCCGCAGCUCUUAUUCUCUUGGGAAGUUGCUCCAAUCAGGUUUUCAUCUUUGCUGAUUUCUGGAAUUUGCAGCUAUCCCAGAACCCCUCAGCUUCCCUGGAGAAAAGGGUAAACAGAGCUCUGCAGGAAGUUGGGUAUUUGAUUUUAGCGUCAGGAUUAACCUCCAGUGCAGCAUUUUUCUCCGGCUAUCUCAGCAGCAUCACAGCAAUCAGAUGUUUUUCUGUUUACCUCGGAACUGCCUCUUUCAUUAGCUCACUUUUAGCAUUGGUGUGGCUGCCAUGCUCUUUCAUCCUGCGUGAGCGCUACACAGAAGCUUCCACUGCCUCUGUAGCAGUGCAGGGAUGGAAACCAUGCUGCUCCAAAAACACUGGCGGUUUCUGGGAUACAAGCUCACGCAAGCGAUGCCUCUUCACUCUCAGGCAGAAGCUAAGAGAAUUAAAACGAGGUUUCACCGACACCUCCAAUUUGUUAUUUCUGAAAAUCCUGCCUUGCGGAGUGGUAAAGUUUAGAUAUAUCUGGGUGUGCUGGUUUGCUGUGCUUGCCGCCGGUGGCACAUACAUGGCCUGCAUUGAUCCAGGCAUGAAACUGCCCACCCUUGACAGCAAGGUCUCCCAGCUUUUCCGCUCUAGUCACCCAUUUGAGAGAUACGACGCAGAAUAUCGCCAUAGGUUUAUGUUUGAGAGACAGAGGAAUGGAGAGGACAAGCCUGUGAGGCUAAUGCUCGUUUGGGGCAUCAAACCAACUGAUAAUGGGGAUCACUUUAACCCAAGAAGCAAUGGCUCUUUGGUUCUUGACCCAGACUUUAACAUGAGCCGACCAGAUGCGCAGGUUUGGUUGAGGGACCUAUGUGGACGGGUUCAGAACCAAAGCUUCUAUUCCGCGCCAUCACCAGAGGAUAAAGAUGCAGACCAUAUCUGCCUUGUAGAGCAGCUUAUACAUUGGGUAUCUGUCAGACGGUGCUCAGAGAGUGAUGAUGCCCUUCAUUUUUGCUGUAAUGACAUCCCCUUCCCCUACACUCCCAGCGUUUUUGAGAACUGCCUCAGUAUGAUGCUGGCGGAGAGGUACGCUGAGGGCCAUCUGGCCCACAGUGGAGGUCUAUACUUCCAGCCAGAUGGCAGGGUCGCUGCCCUCGUGUUGGCAUUCAAAACCACAUACCUUUACAGCUUCAACUUUAGCAGAACCAGUCUUUUCUAUAGAGAAAUCCUGACAUGGUUUGACAAAGAAAUAUCAGGGGCACCAGGAGGGCUGGAGAAUGGCUGGUUCAUCAGUCAGCUGUCUCUUUUUGACCUACAGCAGUCUUUAAGCUCAGAGACUCUGGUGGUAGCUGGCUUCUCAGUAGCCCUCACGUUUGCUUUGCUUCUCUUAACCACCUGGAAUGUCCCAUUGAGCAUAUAUGGCACUGUUGCUGUAGGAGGCAGCGUUUUUGUCACGGUCGGCCUUCUGGUUCUGCUUGAAUGGCAGCUGAGUGGCAUUGAAGCUCUGUUUAUAUCAUCGGCAGCAGGGCUGUCUGUUGACUUUAUUGCUAACUACUGCAUAUCCUACAGCUCUGCUCCUCAUUCAGACAAAAUUGGGAAAGUAGCACACUCCACUAAAAGGAUGGGAUGUCCUGUAGCAAUAGUCUCUGGUGCAUUUUUCAGCAUGGGGAUCAUCAUGUUGCCAGCCACAGUCUUGCUUUUCAGAAAAUUGGGGAUUUUCCUGUUUUUGGUGAAAUGUGUAGCAUGCGGAUUUGCAACCUUCUUUUUUCAGUCCCUGUGCUGCUUUUUUGGACCCCAGAACAACUGUGGAAAGAUCACGUCGCCAUGCUUUUCAGGCCAGACUGACAGUGUGCUGUCGUCGAACUCAGCAGCAGCCGAACCUGGAUCCUCAUCUGCCUCGGCUGCUAACGGAGCCUUUGGGAGAUCUAGAAUGAGGAGGAGUUGUGACAAAGACACAGGUGGCUAUCUAUACCCCAACCAUCAACGAGGAGGCGGGGGCAGAGGGCAGGAGCAGUACGAGCUACAGCCGCUGGCCUACCGGCUGAGUGACAGCUUUGAAAACAGCACCUGCACCAGUAAGCUGUCCAACCGGCCCUCUGUGCUCUCUGAUGAGAUUGAGUACUCUGGGAGAGAUGUGGGCAGGAAUAGCUUGAAUGGGGACAGCGAGGAGACACACAGUCGUCAACAUAAGAUCUGCCAACCGCCUCCAGCUCUCCAGACCUCAUCUCCUUAUAAAGAGAACACACUGCAACUUGCAGGUCUGGCACAAGAGGACCUAACUAAGGACAGGCUGCUAUGUAAAACUUGCCGCGGUCAGUCUGGUGGGGUAAAGCACUGGAGCAACACAUCUUUCUCCUCAUCUUCUAGCAUAGAGGAGACUAUAAUCAGCCACACACUCGAGACCAUUGAUCAGCCAUCUCUCUGCAAAGAGGAACAAACCACAGAUGAGCUCCACCACCAUCAUCACUGUCACCUCUCCUCCCAGUCUCAGAGCUCCUGUGAGGGUCUGGAGGACUCCAAUGAAACGUGCCUGAGUGACAUUGAACCAGGACCUUCAAACACACAGCAAAAUGAGGAAGAAGGGGAAGCUCAAUUACAACCAGGACAUCUAAACGGAAAAAGAGACACGCUUCGUCUCUCAUUGAAAGAAACACUUUAUGAGACUCGUGGUAAGGGCCGCAGCAGCCAGAGUGAAGAAGUCGUCAUUUUACCCAACAGUAAGCCGGACUUGCCAGAUGUUUGGAUAAAGAGAGAUGGACAACGGGAGGAUACAUGUUGAGCAAAGCUGGAGGAUUUUUUUUCAACACUGUGCAAUUCAUUGUUCUGAAUAUAUGUAAAGGAAUCACUGUACACAUGCAUAUAGGAAUUACAAAGGGAGCACAAUGCUGUUCCUCUUGUAUAAUACUAAAGGGAAAUAUAAGCCAACCACAAAUGUAACAUGUGGCAGCAUGUAUGUCUA